AUUACAUUGAGUAUACGCCGUGAUGAAUACUCCACCUCCAGUGCCACUUCACCAGCAGCAACUACGGAACUCGGUCUCUAUCAAGAUUGCAUUCUUAGGAGAUGAGAACGUUGGGAAGACGUCUCUGAUGAUGAAAUAUGUGAACAACACGUAUGAUCCAACGUACAAGAAGACACUGGGAGUCAACUUCAUGGAGAAAAGCAUCGAAUUGGGAACCACAGACAUAAGGGUGUCGAUCUACGAUGUAGGUGGGUCUCCAGAGUUUAGAAAUAUGUCAGCAUUGGCGACGAAGGAUGCCUUGGGCAUCGUUUACGUGUUUGAUCUCACUUCGGAAGAUACAUUGCGAGAUAUCAAAGAGUGGUUUAAGCUCGCCAACUCGUCCAACACAAGUGCGAUCCCAAUCUUGGUUGGUACAAAGUACGACAAACUCCUGGAGAUGGAUAAAGAGUAUCAAGAGUUUAUACACAGAUUGGCUCUGAAGUUUGCGAAAGCACUCAAGGCAAGUGUUGUGUUCACCUCUGCCAGUGAUUCCAUCAAUGUGCAGAAAGUUGUCAAAAUCUUAAUAUCGAAAGCGUUUGAUCUACAAAUUGGUAUACAAGAGAUCAAAAACGUUGGUGAGCCACUGCUGCUCCAUCAGCCUAUCUUAUAAGAAUUGACCUAUGACCGUUAAUCAGCUACGUAGAUGAUUCGCCUAUGAUAUCAGAAAAGGGCUUCAGGGAUUUAUCCCUUCUGAAAACGGACGUAAUCUCGUCAUCUGCAAUGUCUAACUUCACCAUUGUGUUUCGAAUAGUAUCAUUCUUCUUCACCAAGAUCACUCCACCUUCCACCAGUUCGUUUAGAACGUAUUCAAUUCCACGGGGCCUGAUUAUGAAAUCCUUGUACAAGACCUCUGAUACAGAGGCUUCCCCGUUUGUGAUAUCGUUCUUGUCCUUAAGUGUAUGUAUUGAUAGGAGCUGUUUCAUUUCAUCAAUCACUUCACCCAGUACGUUUUCAGCUAACCCACUCUUACGCUUCUUAGAAAGCAGUGCAACGAGAAAGAGUUUUCCCACAAGUGACAUAUCUGAGAGGUAUACAUGAAUGGAUGACGUUGUGGAUUCCAAUGCUGCUUUGUUUAUAUGAGCAGCUUGUAC